AUGCGCGCGUCGCGCAGGCCACGCCCCUCUUCCCCCCCCACUCCCCUCAGGCCGCGCGCGCGCGCGGGAAGAAGAACCGGAAACCGCCUCAGGAGCCCUGAGGGGCUCGGGGAACCCCCGGGAACCCCGAAAAAACCUCCCGGGAACCUCCGGAACCUUCCGGGGCCUCCCCGGGACCCCCUCAAGAGCCGCCCGGAGCCUCCGAGGCCUCCCCGGGAACCUCCGGAACCUUCCGGGGCCACCCCGGGACCCUCCCGAACCUCCCCUCAGGAGCCUCCGGGACCCCCUCAGGAGCCUCCGGGAGCCUCCGAGGCCCCUCCGAGACCCCCUCAGGAACCUCCGGGACCCUCCCGAACCUCCCCGGGACCCCCUCAGGAACCUCCAGGACCCCCUCAGGAGCCUCCGGGAGCCUCCGAGGCCUCCCCGGGACCCUCGGGGAUCCCCACGGUCCCUCCGAGAGCCCCUCAGGAACCUCCGGGAGUCUCCGCGGCUUCUCCGGGGACCUUCCAGGAGCCUCCGGGAGCCUCCGGGCCCCGGCCCGGCGCCGCCGCCAUGUCGGACUCCGGGCAGAGCCCCGCCCCCGGCGCGCGGCGCCGCUGCUGGAACCGCGAGAAGGAACCGGAAGGAGGCGGCGAGAGGAGGGAGCAGGGGGAGGAGCCAGCGGGGCCCCUGCAGAAGACCCCGAUCAUCCUGGCCAAGCCCCCGGCCGAGCGGGUGAGCCGGGGGAGGCCGCCGCCGGCCGCCCCCAAGGCGGGGCCAGCGCAAGCCCCGCCCCCUCCCGCGCCAGCCCCACCCAUCGUGCUGAUGAAAGCGCGGGGGGAGGAGGGGCGGGGAGGGGGCGGGGCCUCGGCGACAGCGGGGGAGGGACCGCAGCAGGCCCCGCCCACCGAGAGGGAGGGGCCACGCCCCACCCAGCCUGUCUAUCAACUGCACAGCCGGGGCCUGGCCCCGCCCGCCGCACUGGACCCCGCGCAGGCCCAGGCCCGGCUGGCGGCGCCCGAGAAGAUGAAAACCAGUAUCAAACUGGUGGACGAGCAGAUGAACUGGUGCGACAGCGCCCUCGAGUUCCUGCUGGAGCAGACGGACGUGCUGGUGGUGGGAGCGCUGGGGCUGCAGGGAACCGGGAAAUCCACGGUGAUGUCGCUGCUGGCCGGGAACCAGCCCGAGGAGGAUCCGCGCUCGUUCGUGUUCCGGCCGCAGCCGCCGGAGCUCCGCGAGCGCGGGGGGGCCCAGACCGGCGGCAUCGACCUCUUCGUCACCCAGGAGCGCGUGCUCUUCCUGGACACCCAGCCCAUCCUUAGCCCCGCCCACCUGGAUCACCUGAUCAACAACGACCGGAAGCUUCCGCCGGAGUUCGCGCUGCCGCACGCCUACGUGGAGACGCAGUCGCUGCAGAUCGCCGCGUUCCUGUUCACCGUGUGCCACGUGGUGCUGCUGGUGCAGGACUGGUUCACCGACCUGGGGCUCUACAGGUUCCUGCAGACGGCCGAGAUGGUGAAGCCGCCGACGCCGUCGCCGAGCCACGACUCGAGCGGGGCCGGGGCCGAGGAGCCCUCGGAGUAUUACCCACACCUGGUGUUCGUGCAGACCCGCGCCCCCCCCGAGUGUUUCUGCCCCCGGCGCGUGGGGCAGAUGCAGCGCGUGCUCGGCCGCCUGAUGGCGCACUCGCGCCUCAAGUACCGCGGCUCGCUGUCCAUGCGGGAGCUCCUCCCCUCCCCCCCCGGGGCGCCCCCCGGGCCCCCCCCCGAGCCCGAGGUCAAUCUGUUCCUGCUGCCCCCCCUGGAGGAGGAGCCCGAGGACGCCCUGCCCCGAGGUGAGACCAGUACAGACCAGUACAGACCAUACAACCCAGUAGAAACCAGUACAAACCAGUACAAACCAGUACAAACCAGUAGCGGUGCGGCCCCGCAGGUGGGGGAGGGGCGCUGUUCCCGGCCCUGCCCCCGUUCCGGGGCCGGGGGGGGGCUGGGGGGGCUCCUGGCCCGGCUGCGGGGGAGGGUCCUGGCGGCCGCCCGCUCCCAGUUAUCCCACAGCCUGCUGACCGAGCGCAACUGGUUCCAUUACGCCGCCCGCAUCUGGGACGGGGUGAAGAAAUCCUCGGCCCUGGCCGAGUACGGCCGCUUACUGGGCUGAACUGGGAGCACUGGGAGGCUCCCCCCGCGCCAAUAAACCGCCAAAACCGC